AGAAUUCUUUGCGAAUGACAAUCUCACCGGAUAUUACGUUAUCGCAACGCGUUAUUCUUGUACUCUCUCCACACUGACAACUGCUGCAAGAAUUACACUGUUCAUCUGUUCAUGUUUGGUGGAGGUAGGAAAGUUUCUGGAAGACUCUUCCAAUUCAGCGGUCUUGGCUGUAAGAUCUCUUUCAAAACCAGCACAUUUUAUCAUAGUGCCAAGCUUCCUACUUCACAUCAUUGCUCUUACCCAGUUUCACCUCAUUCCUUUCUCGCGUCUCUUUCGGAUUAUUCUCUGUUCCCAUUAUCUGCUUUUCAACGUACUGUUCAACCAGCAUCCCAUUUUCCUUUGAUCAGGCCAGAUAUAAUUUGUCGCUACUCUUCUUAUUUCACCCAUCCUGCUGAAGAAAUGGAUUUAAAGAAAGUGCUUGAUGUUCUAGAGCAGCUUGCGCCACUGUCUUUGGCUGAACCGUGGGAUAAUGUUGGCCUGUUGGUGGAGCCCAGCAAACCACGUCCCAUCAAAACAAUCCUGCUGACUAAUGACCUGACAGCGGCUGUUAUGGAUGAAGCCGCGACGAUAAAUUGUGACCUGAUUAUUUCAUAUCACCCACCGCUUUUUCGACCUUUCAAGCGCUUGGUGCAGAAGGACUGGAAGCAGAAAUUGGCUGUCCGAGCAAUAGAGGGCGGCAUUGCAGUUUUUUCUCCGCACACCUCAUGGGACAGCAUUAAAGGUGGCAUUAAUGAUUGGCUUGUUGGAGGAAUGGGAAGUGGGCAAGUAUCAGUUUUAAGACAAGCCUACUCUAGCGCUCAAGACAAACACAGACUUGAAUUCUCAUUGUUGAAUGAUGGAGAACUAGACAGCGUUUUGACACAGCUCAGAUGCAUACAGGGCAGUGAAACCUUUCAGUUAUCUACAGUAAAAAAUGAGGUUGGAGGGCAGCAGGUACAUCUAACCUGUCCAAGUUCAGCUUUAACUGCUGUUGUGCAGACUUUGGUUUCAAAUCAACAUGCCAGCAAAUCUCUAAACGUUACACAAGUCCAACAGCCUCCUUUGUUAGGCUGUGGUCAAGGACGACUUAGUGUUCUGGAUGAGCCGGUGUCUCUUGCUGUAGCAGUACAGAAAAUGAAAACUCAUCUUGGUUUACCCCACUUGAGACUGGCUCUGGGGGACCAGCAAACGUUAGAGUCUCUGGUGAAGACAGUUGCUGUAUGUGCAGGGUCUGGAGGUUCAGUCUUACAGGGUGUGAAAGCAGAUCUCUACAUCACAGGUGAGAUGUCCCAUCAUGAGGUUCUAGAUGCUGUUGCCAAAGGCACGAGUGUGAUUCUCAGUGACCACAGCAACAGUGAAAGAGGCUACCUGUCCGUAUUCAAAGAGAAACUGCUGGAAAAACUGGGUCACGCGGUUAGCUUAGUCGUCUCUGAAAGCGAUCGAGAUCCGCUGCAGGUAGUGUGAUGUCAUCCAGUUUUAGACAGGGUGCUAUGCAUGUGUACAUCACAAAUGAUAAUAUUGCACUUCUAUUGUAUAACCUUCAUUUUGUAAAUGUUACAUUGCAGUUACCUAAAAGUGCUACUUGCCAUCAUAAAAAUCUUUUUAAAUGUACUGUAAAUGUAUUUAGUUAUCAAACGCUAAGAAAGUGUUUAGUGUGCUUUUAAAUGUCUAAUAAACAGUAGGAGGUAGAGGAGGAGGGUGUUUUUCCAAGUAGUUUGAUAGCCGGGUGGGAUAGUCAGUCAUAACACCUGUGGCUCCCAUUGAAAACGCAGCUGCCAUGUCACUCUCCUCAUUGCACACAAACAGCUGCACCUGAGACAGAAAUGAAAAGAUUUUACUUUGGAUUAGAUUUACGAUUCAUGUGCAACCUUUUUUACUUUGUGUUACAAAACAUGCUCACCUGUAUACCCCUCUUGACUAAGUGCUCAAACAAAGAUUUCCGCAUGGUCAACCUGAAUAAAGCAUCAGAAAAAGC